CCGCGUGCGCUCAUUACGAAAGAGAGCCCGCAACCCAUGAAAACAGCUGUUCGAUCGAGUAGUGCGUGCGUGCGAAAGAGAGCGACGAGUGUGAGAGAGUGAGUGAGAAGUGUAAAAUGCUGACUGCCAAAUGCCGGCGGCCUUAGAUUUCUCGACAAUUUCCAACAAAAUUAUAAAUAAACAGUGAUAUUUUACUGAGAAAAGGAUUAAAUAAAAUGCAAGAGCAGGAGAUGGAUGUGGAUAUGGCGGAUGCGGCGUCGAAUUUCCUGCAGCUCAUCAAGCAACUGCUGCUCGAAAAAGCUUACGACGGCGUGCGGAUGUUGUUCCAAAGUGCCCAUGAAGCUGAGAGGAACACCCGGCUGCUGCCUCACAUAGCCAUGGAUCUUUACCACGAUGUGUGCUCAGGGAACAUCUCCGACGAGAUUCAUGACCAGGAGCCAGAGCUUUUCGACUGCUCCGAUGAGCUGCUUAAACUGCUGGCAAAGUUUGCACCACUGCAGGAACUUAUGUUGGAGCUUAUGGAGCGCUUGGAGGAGAGCAGCAGCCUUAAUGUGUUCGGCGCUUACCUAAGAGCGCUUCAAGUAGUGCUCCAGCGACAGGGACGGGACAAGCCGCAAGCCGUAGAGUGGAGCCUCCAGAGCGUGUUUACCCGGCUAAAGGAUCUGCCUCUGCCCAAGUACCUCUCCGAGGGCUACGACGAGGCCCAAGCGCGACUCAUAGAGCAGAAUGAGCAGGUGGAGAACCUUCUGGCCCACUACAUAACCGUUGGACUUUUUCGCCAACCGCUCUGCAGCGAAAUCCUGCAACAGGACGUGCGUAGUCCUAGUGACACCUUUAAGGAUUGCGGUCUGAAUCGACGCAACAUCUUCACUUGCUUUUUUAUCCAACUUCUGGGUCGCCCUUUGGCGCUUCUUGAGAUGAGCCACGUAAAGGAAGACCUCACGCGCACCUAUGUGCAGCAGGUAACGGAGAGUCUGAGCCAGGAUGCGAGUCAGUGUCUGGGAGAUCCGUUCUACUUGCUCAAUCUCGUAGAACAGCGUGCCCGAUGGAUGCGCAAACUAGAUGCGUCUAAGGGGGUCUACGAGAUGAGCUGCCGAAAUGUUUUCCUCAUCGAAGAGAAGCUGCCGCUGCAUGCGGUGGCCAUGUACUAUCACUCGCUCUUUGUAGGCAACCAACUGCCAACCAACGCGCCCAGGAUAUACUCACCUCUGUUCUUGUUUGAAACGAUUGCCUAUCUGGCGGAAGUCCUGCUCAGGCAGCAGGAGCCACCACUGCAGUAUUGCGGUCUCCGAUUAGUGGAGCACCUUUUGAGCACCUUGGUGGACCCAGUGCCCAGCAGUUCGCUCCAGCUGGACGUCCAUAAGCGCUUCUGUGAAGCGCUCUGUAAAAUUGUAGGCUACUCCCCACAAGUAGCCCUCCGCCAGCUAGGACUUCAUGUGCUGCGACAAUAUGUUCUAGCCUUUGAUGACCAAGGAAAGUUUCUGAUUCUGAAGAAUCUACUUGAAACACUCCAGCACGAUGGUCUGAUGGGCUACCUGGGAGGAAUGUACAAGGAUCUGGUGGAUACGGCACUACAAGAACCUGUACCCUUGUCGGAAGUUUAUAGUGGAAAGAUGUUCCGAGAGAUGAUACUGCUGUGCGUCUGUGUGCUGCCUCACGACGUCAAAUCUGAUCUGCUCCUGCACUCCGAUCGUCUGUGUCAUGCCUUGAAUAUCCUACGCUACUUUGCAGUGAGGGACAAAGCUGAUGUCACUGGAUUUUGGCAAGCUUUGCCGGAUAUUACAAAAAGACUGCUCGAUCCCCUGGGAAAAGCGUUGAACUUUUCGAUGGCCCACUACAAAGCUUACAAGGAGCGCGUGGAGAGGGGCCAAAGUGCUUCGGACGAUGAACUUAUGCAGCGGCAACUCAACAUGCUAGCCGUAAACAUAUCCAACAGUGGAAUGGCUGGCGGAGAUGGAGACAGCAAACUGCCGGAUAUUGGACGCCAGGAGAAGCUCGAUGUGCUGGCCAGCUCCAUCACCAGUCUGGAAACCCUGCAAUCGUUAUAUCUGCGUGCCAGCGAGAUCAUCGAACAGUCCAGCCGCUUACGUCGGAACGCCAAUCCAUCGAAUGCUUAGCUUAUAUUUUGUCCACAAUGAAAGCGAAAUGAUAACGUAAACUUUUUGUGUAAACAGAACCGAAAACGAAAUCGAAACUUAAA